CCACAGUGCCCCCUGUAGGGCACCGGGACACUAACUGGUUGAACUUUCUCUGUGCCAGGGGCUAUGAAAGCGGCGGGUGGGAGGCAUCCCCCUGACCUGAGAGCCCCCCACUCGUUUAGUGUACAAAGCAAAGCAGUUUCAUGCCCCAAAGCAGAAGGCCCUGAAGGGCUGGAACCAGCCCAAGGCUAGGGGUGGGGGGACCCCCUUCGGGGCAGAGUUCGACCGUUGGCAGCUUUGCAAGGGACAGUGGUCCGGAGGGGCAGAGGGACUGACCGCUCGUCUUCCAAACUCGGUCGCUGCUGGAGAGAAUGGGGCUCCGCAUUAGGUCACAAGAGUGGCGUUAGGUCACAGAGGAAGAGAGACCCCAAGAAUCCUACAUCGCACAGGGCAUCGCACAUCGCCCCUCUCUCCCAUCUCUUGCCCUGAAGACUGAAGAUCCACCGUGCGGGGAUCAGGGCUGAGAGCCCAGCCCCACGCCCGCGGUGAAUACCCCACACCGUGCGCGUCACAGUUUCCUCGUGUGCAAAAAAGGGCAAUAAAGGCACGGACGCGGGAGCGCGGUUUCGGGGAUAGAGGGCUUUGUGUGCACAGCGCACGCGCUUAGGUCAAGGCCUGGCUAACCAGACAGGCUGGGGACGUGCUGGUCUUGUUACAUUGAGGAAGUAGUUCCUUCUGGUUAAGUGUGCACCUGACACCCACCUGCUGAGCGCUGGACGCAUGCCGGGCGACGAGGAGAAAGGGUCCCUGCGCUCCCAACCUCAGUGGGGAAAGUUAACCAGAAUGAGGAAUGGAAAUGUGUAUAUGUACAUUAUAUACAUUAUACUUAAUGUAUUUAGUAUGUGUAUAUCAUAUAUAACGUAUCUAUAUUUAAGUAUAAUGUACCAUAUACAAUGUAUCUAUAUUUAAGUAUAAUGUAUCGCUAUAUAUAAUGUAUUUAUAUUUAUAAAGUAUUUAUAUCUCUCUAUAUAAAUAUAAACAUACAACUUACAAUAUAAAAUUUCAGACCUAUACAUUUAAAUAUAUUGGAAUAUAUUUCUAACUUAUAUAUUAAACACAAGGAAUAUAAUUAAAAUUAUAAAAUACAUGAAUUAAUCAUUACAUAUUAAUAUAGUAUACAGUAUUAUAUAUUAUAUAAUGUCAUAGAUUACGUGUUAUGUAUUCUAUGAUUUAUAUAUGUAAAUCUCAACAUAAAUAGGUGUCAUCUAAUAAUAAAUCUGUAUAAUUGAGAUAUAAGUCAUAUAUCUCACAUGUUCUAAGUAAUAUGUACAAAUGAGAGUAUAAGUCAUAUAUGUUACAUGGUCUAAGUAAUUUUAAAUGAUAUAUAAUCACAAUUAUUUAUAGCAAUUAAAUGAUACCUAUAUAAGUUAAAACACAGGCUUUAAAAUGUAUGUUUGUAUUUAUUAUAUAUUAGAGCAGGUGGGGUCCUAGAUCAUGGACCCAGGAGAGAGUGUUCAGGGAGGGAAGCUCCAGGAGUGGAAGUUGAGGACUCAGCCUCCGGGACAGCGGGAGGGAGGGGGCACUGUCCAGAAGAGGGGACACAGGGGCUCCACCCUCAGCCAGGAUGAGCCCAGCAGGACAUACAGCUCAUGCACCAAACCCAGGCCUUGCUGGUGCUGGAUGGACGGGCCUCAGGGGACAUCGGGACGCGGACACUCGGUCUCUUCACUCCCAGGAGGAAGGUGCCACCCCCAUGGGGGCUGCUGUGAGAAACAGAAGGGGGACACACAGAUGCGUGGGGAUGACAGUGACAGCCCAGACCUGUCGACAGAGCAUGUGUAUAUUUUCGUUGGGGUCUCUGUGGCCUUGUUCCUUUGUCUCCUCCUCCUGGUUCUCGCCUUCCUCCAUUGUCAGCGUCAGAAAAAACACAGGCUCCCCAGCAGCCAAGAUGAGGAGCAGAGGCCCCAGGAAAGGGUCAGCCCAGCUGUUGACCUUCCCCAGAGGACACCAGAUGUGGCAACAGUCGGCAGACUUCCUGAGAAGGACAGGGAAGCGCCCAGCUCGGCCCCGCCUGCAGGAAGCCCCCAGGACGUGACGUACGCUCAGUUAGACCACCAGAUCCUCGCACAGAGGACAGCCCGAGGCACGUUCCCACGGCCCACGGAGCCCACGGCUGAGUCCAGCACGUAUGCAUCCCUGGCCAGACCCUGACUCCGGACCCACCUGGCCUCUGCUCCUAGAGACACGGGAAGUCACUCCUGCAGAAGCGUGAGGCGGCCAUUUGGAGGGCUUCCCUACAGAAUCAUCCCUUUCUGGAAAGCCAUGCGGUCAGCUCUCCCGGAGGCCAGAGGUGCACUCAGGAGACUCCUAAUCAGCGUCUAGGAGGUUCAUUAACCACGUGGUCCCUCCGAAAACCAACUAGAUGCUCGCAGAGAAUGUGGAGCACUUCAUUUACAAACACCCAGAGCUACAGACCCCUGGCAGUUUCCAGAGACUCAGCUAUGGUCCCACGGUCACCCACAGGUGAUUCCAGAUGUGUCCCCACCUGCCCCCAGAGGCUCUGAUUUACUUGUCUUCCAGAGUUCAGUAGUUGGCCCUGAACCCGGGCUAUACUUGGGCAGCUGAUCGCUGAGACCCUGUUUUCUGGAUCAUGCUUCAUUUUGUUCGCCAAUAAAUGUUUUCACGGGCCCA